GCUUCCUCUCCUCUCCUUACUCAGUUUUCCAACGAGCCCAGAGAAAUUCAAUCCUCGCAUCCAAGCCUCUAGCCCCCGAAAGGUAACCGGGCAUGCUCACUGAGUCUCUUCCAAGGAGAAAGUGCCUCGUUGUAGUGGAGUUCCGAGGCCGGGAGGUGCCGCUGCGCCCCUGCUUCCUUCCAUUCGCCUGACCCAGCGGAGAAAGUUGGGCUCCGGGAAAGGAUGUGCUGAAUGGUGCUCUUCAGAUCCGCGGCGGUCGCGGAGGAGGCAGCGGAGGAGGAGCAGGAGCCUGAGCCCCAGCCGAGCCGGAGCAGGCAGCAGCAGCAGCAGCGGCAGCGGCAGCGGGAACGGCGGCGGCAGCAGCGGCGGCAGCAGCGGCGGCAGCAGCAGCAGCAGCACCAGCCGCAGCUACGGUUACAGCUGGCUCCCUCUCGCCCUGUCCCUUCUGGUCCGCUAGCCAAACCCCAGUGUCCGGCUCGUGCCUCGCUCCUCCGCGCUCGUUCGCCCUUGUCUUCUCGGCAUCUGCUGCUGCUCCCCGACGGGCGACUGACACCACUUUCCACGGAGGGCAUGGACCCACGCUUCUCCGCCUGCUCCUCACUCCUGCGCUGA